AUGAAUGAGUUGCCUGGAGAAGGCCAGCCGGAUCUGGUCAUUGGAGUUGACUUUGGCAUGACACAGACUGGAGUCGCGUAUUGCUCGGCACCCUGGAGUCACCCAAAAUCUUUCCAACACUGGGCAGGCAAUGUCAAUGAGAUCGCCAAUAAAGUUCCAAGUCGGGUGGCGUAUGAUAUUCAAACCGGCAAACUGAAAUCGUGGGGAUUCGGAUGUGAUCUUCAAGACCCAAGUUUGGAUGUUGUCGAGCAUUUCAAAUUGUAUUUGGACCCAGAUUACAGGGACGACUAUGCCGAUAUCACCCCCGAGGACGCUCAGAAGUAUUUUCUCGACUUCCUGUCCGAGGUCCACCAGCACGUCGCUAGCUAUUUUCGAGUCAGGAUCCCCAACUGGAAUAGUGUCCGAGCCGAAUGGGUAUUCAGUGUGCCUACGACUUGGAAGGACGCUGCCUUUAUCCAUUCAUUGGAGCAUUUGAUCAGGAGAGCAGGCUUUGGAGCGGAUGGAGCUUCACAUUCUUGCCGCAUUACCCUUACCGAAGCUGAGGCGGCGGGCAUCUCGGUCGCAUGUCAAUACCUUGAGCAAGACGAUAUUAUUCUCGUGUGCGAUGCCGGAGGCGGUACUACGGACGUCAAUAUCCUUAAGCUGGUCUCCCCCAAAGGUCAACCGGUGAAGUUAGACCCUCUAUUGAAGACUGAAGGACGACCCAUCGGCUCUGCUCUCAUCGACAUUCGAAUACAACAAUACUUGGAACGAUACCUCAAGAAUAUUGCUCACCGACUCGAUCACUCACCGGCCGAAGUAGCGGAACAAAUGAUGAUUGGCCGAUUUGAAAGAUUCAAAUGCAAUUUUGGAGCUCCAGGGUCUAAUCUUCCUUAUCUGCUUCUCGACGUCCCUGGUCUUCCACCUGAAGUAUACAUGCCGCAGGCCAAUGUGGUAAACUCCCAGAUUCGGAUCACUUCAGAAAUCUUAAAAAAUGUAUUCGACGAACAGGUUGACGCGUUAGUUGCGCUUGUUCACGAACAGAUCAGAUCAUUGCAAUUUCGAAAUCGCGGAGAGCGUGUGAACUACAUUAUCCUAUCUGGAGGAUUGGGGUCGUCUCCCUAUGUUCAAGACCGUCUCACAUCGCAUUUCAACAAACAAGUAUCCCUCACCACUCCGGCUGCUGCAGGUCUUAAGAUUCUGGCUGCCGAGGAGCCUCAGCUGUCGGUCGUUCACGGCCUCGUCCUAGAACGAGCCCAGCAAAUAUCCCAAGGCUUGACGCCCAUCACUUCUCGCUGUGCACGCGUCAGUUAUGGCGUCGUUGUUCGGCAAAAGUACAACCCGAAAAUCCAUAAAGGCCAACCAUACAUUCGGGAUGACCGUGACGGAAAGCGGUGGGCACUCGAUCAGAUCGAGUGGUUGAUCAAAGAGGGCGAACGGCUUCGACCAGAAGGAGUUAUCAAAAGAUACCGAGCCAAAAUUGACUCCUCUCAACUGCGGCAGCCGUGGCACACGCAUUUUGUCAUGUCUAUGGAACCCGCUUCACGGCUACCCUCCUCCUUAUCACAGCAUGGUGUCCGCACCCUCUGCCUAGUGGAAGCUGACGUCUCACAAACGAAACGAAUCGUGAAGAACGGACAUUGGUGGAAUUUCGCUCGACGAUAUGAGCUCACCUUGAUCGACGUUAAAGUUCUCCCUGGAUCAGCGGACCUGAAACUGGAGGUGUGGAACGACGGACGACGACUGAAUUCGGACAACUAUGAGGUCGAAGUCAAAUGGGAGAAUAAACUGGGGAAUCCGACUAUGGUGGCCUAUUCUCCUCAACCUGAUACGACCAUCAAGAUUAAUGGUGUCGGAGGGUACCAGCCAAGACCGAACUUGGCGGCUGGAGAAUAUGAACGACAACGAGAGGGUAUGCGGUCGCCGCCGAGUUUCUGA